UAGCAACCAAAAAAUGAAAUCUGUGAAUGAGAGUGGAGCACAAACAACGAAUCUCCUGAUCAGAAGUGAAGCCGAGGGAUGGAACCUCCGCCGAUACACACCAAUUGCAGGGAGGUGAUAACACUGAAAAUGAAAAGGUUCAUCCUCAUCCCCAUCCUUUGUGUUUUAAUGCUCUGUCUUUACAACAUCUGGCUGGGAGGGCUUGAUGAUCUGACAGCCAACAGCAGCAGCAGCAGCCGCAGCUGCUGCAGCAACAGCAGCAACAGCAGCAACAGAACUGUGACCAUCUUGAUGUGGUACUGGCCCUUCGACAUGCAUUAUAACCUCAAGGGCGACGUGUGCUGGGACCUCUACCGCAUCCCUCGCUGCAGACUGGUGGACAAGCGCACCUUGUUCUCUUCAGCCGAUGUGGUGGUCUUCCACAACAGAGAGCUGAUGCAGGGACGCCAGAAACUGCCAUUAGCUCUUCCACGGCCGCAGUUGCAGAGGUGGGCCUGGAUGUCCCUGGAGUCCCCAGUUCACAAUGGAAAUUUGCAUCAGUAUGCAAAUAUUUUCAACAUGACCAUAACCUACAGGAGGGAUUCUGAUGUCACGGUACCGUAUGGCGAGCUGCUACCAAAGGAGACCAGAGGACAUCUGGUGACAAACAACCUUCAGAAUAAGAGCACUCUGGUCUGUUGGGUGGUCAGCAACUACCAGAAGCACCACAAGAGAAGCCAAGUGUACAGCAAGCUUAAUGCUGCAGUUCCUGUGAAGGUUUAUGGGCAAUGGACAAAGACCCUCCUUUCAUCCGCUGACCUCUUACCUACAAUCUCUCGCUGCUACUUCUAUUUGGCUUUUGAGAACUCAGUCUCCAAAGAUUAUAUCACAGAAAAGUUGUGGAAGAAUGCUUAUCAAGGUGGGGCAGUGCCUGUUGUCCUGGGACCGCCGCUGAGCGAUUAUAAAGCUGUGGCCCCACCUAAGUCCUUCAUCCACGUUGAUGAGUUUGCAUCAGUAAAAGAAUUAGCGAAGUAUCUGCAAGAGCUGGCAAAGGACAAAAAACGCUAUGGUGAAUAUUUUACCUGGAAACAAGAGUGGAAAGUGAGACUGUACACCGACUGGAGAGAGAGACUCUGUAGCAUCUGUUUAAAGUACCACAGUUUACCUCAGCAGAAAGUUUACUCUGAUUUAACGGCCUGGGCCAAUUCUGAUGGCGUCUGAGUUGGAACAGUUCUGGCUCAGUAUUAAUCAAUGAAUGGCGAAUUUAACCCUAUUGGUGACAUAGACACCAUGGCCUCAAAUUCUGCAGCAGGGUGAAUAUAGUUUCUUUUUUAUAUUAUUUUUAAUGAAAUUCUCAUAUUUUUUGCUGUGCUGCUUGAAUAAAGAGAAU